AUGGAUGCCUUGAGGCGUUUAGACCAAUGCCUCGAUCAGUUAGAUCCGGAGUGUAGCCUGGCUACGAGCAUGGCUACCCCAAAGACCCGUCAGCCGCCAAGAGUCGAGUAAGUCAAGACAAUAAGGGGAAGGUAACCUUGGUGGGGGCAUUUUGAUUGAUUGAAAUGUUUUUUAUAAAGUCGCUCUCGUUGUUAUUCUAAUUUUUCGAAUUCUAUUUGUUAGAAAAUGUUUAGUUUUUGGUUGUUUUGGUCAAAAAGUUCAUAACAUAUUUUUUUUAAAUUACUAGGCAAUUUUUGUGUUUUACUACAUUGAAUCAUGAAAAUAUAAAUUACAGAGACAUGGUAUCGUACUACGAGCGUGUACUUCUUUGUAAUGCGGAACAGUUGAUGAAUCUAGCUACAAACAGUAACGCUUAUGCCAUUCCUCAACAUUCGACUCCGCGUUCGCCGUUAUCUCCGAUCUCAUCUACAACAACACCUCGGCUCCCGGCUUCUCGUUUCCCGUGUUACCGAUGGGAGUGUUCUGUCAACGACAGUAACGUCAACCGGCUUACCGUACCGUCAUUGAAACGGUCCAACUAUCUGGAAGAUUCGAGUUCUCCAGAAUCCACCUUCCUCUCCAAUGUCUCCACUUUUGACUCGUCCGGAUCGUCGCCACAUGUAAGUGUUAUGUGCCAGAUGUCUGACCAUAUUUUAGUACGGAUAUUACGGAAACACGCCGCCACAUUCCACACAAAGUACGUGGAGUGACUUGAGCGACAAUUUGUUUGACCCGGAAGACGAAGAUAGUAGUGCCUAUCAAGUACAACGGAUAUGUAAGGCGUACAGAAAGCAGAACAACUACAAAUUGUAAGCAAAAGUUUGAUGUAAAGCAUAUUGUCAUAACAGAUCAAUCUUACCUUGACUAUAACAACACUUUUUAGGCCAGAAUGUCGAGAAGAGUCAUCGUUUGACACAACUGCUUCUACCGUAACCAACUUCAACAGCUCUCAGAUAUCAGAAAGUUCGUGGAGGUUCUGGGGACUCGACAUUCCUACUGAUGAAGAGUUCUUGUGUGUAGAAGACUGUGAAGCAUCGUCGUCUUCUGCACCAUGUGAUUCUAGUACUUCCGUCUACAAUCGUCUGUUUCAGUUCCGUCUAAAAGAUCAGGUUAUAAAUAUUGAGUUUAACGAUGUGACUGAUGGUCUGAUUAACGAUUACUCAUGGCGGUUGGACAUUUAUGCUCCUCAGUUUAGGGUAGGUUAAUAUAAUAUUGCUUAUAGGCAACUUAUAAUGUAUAUUGGUUUACUUGUCCCCUUGUAAACUGAAUAUGUUGGUAUUUUGUAGUAAUGUCAUCAUUUCAGAAUGCGUUGACUGUACAGGUUUUGGAUUCCUUGUCGAAAACUUUGAACCAAACCAUAACGCAGAGUGAUGUCAUCGAAAAACCUUCAGGUUUGCGCAAAAGGUAAACAACGUCUAGCAUAAUUACCUUAUUACCGCUUAUUUCAUACUUAAUGUCUGCUCUAAAAAUACCGCGAAAUUAGUGGUAAUCAGGGGUUUACCUUCACUAUCUACCUGGUAGAUUACUCAUCACACGCAUAACUCUAAAGCAGGAGUAAAGGGAAUAACAUAGCAAUAACAAGAAAUGGUCUUUAGUGACAAUUAAUGAUAAUAUACCUCCCAGUAAACAAACAUAGCAUGUUAAGAUAAUUUAUAUAACAAUAAGCAACCAUGUAUUCUAGGUUGGCCAACUCAAUCCGCUCCCUCAAACUAAAGCGAGAUCAGAAGAAGAGUACCUUCCAAAGAAACCUGAAGGACAUACGGACAAGAAGUGACAUCAACUCUCCAUUUCCUAUAUUCAUCCACUGUAUAAUGGAUCUGGUAUUACACCAAGCGUCCCAGUCUUGUAAUAUGGGUCUCUUCAGAACGGCCGCUUUGAAGACUCGAGUAGAAGAGUACCGUAAGAGCUGUGAAGGCCUCGGAGUCAACGACAUACUGCCAUUGUCAUUGGCUGACUCUAACAACCUUAUAAUCCUCGCCGACAUAUUCAAGCAGUACAUCAGAGAGAUCCCCGGCCAACUGAUUUCGAAGCCCAUCUGGAAGUUGAUGAUGAAGUGUUUGGGGAAGAGUAACUGUAAAGACAUCUCGGAUUCACAGAUCGACUCUCUCAGAUGUUGUGUCACGCUGAUGGAAGUUAAUAAGCGAGACGCCCUUUGUAUUCUGAUGUACUUCCUUCAGAAGCUUUCCACGUAUUCUGAAGCGACCUUGGUAGGUUUUUAGGUGCUAACCUCAAACUAUAGUAGCCGUUACCUAUAAAAUGUAAAAAGCACAACGCUUAGCAAAAAGAUAAGUAAGAAACAAGUAAUUUUAUGUGAUAAUAAUAUUAAACAAGCCCUUUCAGAUGACUGUUGAGAACCUAGUGUCGGUUUUCAUGCCAACGAUCUGCGAUCUACAACAUGAUUGUUCAGACGCUCCAGAAGCCUACAUUACCAACUGUAAAGCUCUGGCUACUGUACUAACCAUACUGAUAUCUCGAGCACAAGAGAUAUUCAAGCUACCGAACGCCGUGGCCAAAGAGAUGGAGAAUGCCAUGUUAAUUGGACCAAGAGAAAACGAACAUCAGAAAUACGACAGAAACCGAUACAUCUGGCAGAACAAUGACAUUAUCUCUUCAGUUUCGUCAAAGCCUACCCCAGAGUAUAGAGCGGAUACUGUACUUGAAGUGAACACGGUAGACUUGUUCAGGUUCCUGAUAGAAAACAGAUCCUGGGAUCCUACGUUUACAUCGUAUGUGUAUCUGAAGACCGUAAACGAUGACGUCGAGCUGAUAUCUGCCAAGACAAAAUGGUGUUCUGCUAGCGAUGAUCCUAUUUGUUUGGCACGGUAAGUUGAACAUAGGCUAAUAAUGUUAUUUUGGUACUGUUUUAAUUUUCAUAUCCGCAACAAAAGUAAUCACGCCAACCUACUUUCAGAAUGUCGACUAGGCACUAUGCCAAAGUGAUACAGAAACACACGUUUAUAUUGAUGGAACGGUCAGCCCCUGCCACUAUUUAUGAAACAAACUCUCCUGUCGUCUUUAAUAAGCUGCAUUUCAUUCUACGACGAAUCGACGCUCAACGAACAAAUGUUACUUUCGUGUUAGGAGUUGAUUUCAAGUAAGUAUACCUAAUAUUGUAGAGAAUAUUAUCCUUCAUUCACUUCGAAAAGCUGUUUUUGGUCACAAAUUCUCAGAAAAUCAUUAAUAAGCUCUCGCAUAUAGGUCAGUUCCUCAAAUUUAAAAAAACUUUAACUUAAACUUAAAAUGUACUUUCAGUUCUCCGAACAGACAAAUAACAUACGACGAUCUCAUUAAAGACACCUGUGAUGUCAUGGAAUCCUUGAAAAACCGAUUUCACUCUGAUCCGAUAUAUUGCUAA